AUGUCGGCCCCAGAGAAGGCCCUUAUCCCCGUCAACCCCCCCGUAAAGCUGACGGUGGUAGAGAAGCUCGACUUGCUGCGCGCUGGUCUCGGUCUGCUUGCGACUGGCAUCGCUGCAGCUAUCACCGGCCUUGUGCGCAAGCACGAUGGCACCCGGACAUACAGGACUCACAUCCGCUUUGCUAUCAUCCGACGAUUUCUCUGGCGCAUGUCUAUAAGACAGCUUCACUUUAUCUACCCUACCACCGCGCAGAACUAUGAAAGGUUCUCGAAGCGCCGUCGUCUAAAGCCCGAGACGGUGCAGCUUGAGCAUGGCGCUCAGGGGCACUGGCUGGGGAAGAAAGACGCAAAGAACGUAAUAGUAUACUACCACGGAGGCGGAUUUGCUCUCCCUGCAUACCUGGGUUACUUCCAGCUGUACUCUGAUCUGCUCAAGCAGCUCAACGCAGCCGGCAAGGACGUCGCAAUGUUCUUCCUCUCAUAUACCCUCACCCCUGAAGGCAUUUAUCCCACACAGCUACGACAGGCUGUCGAAGCCCUUCGAUACAUCAUUAAAGAGACAGGCCGUGAGCCUCAGAAUGUCUUUAUCGGCGGUGAUUCGGCGGGAGGGAACUUGACGAUGGGCGUCCUUUCACACCUCUCCCAUCCACAUGAAGCUAUCAAGCCGUUGGAAUUAUCUGGUGAACUUGGGGGUGCCUUUGCCAUGGCCCCGUGGGUUUCGAUGGCGGAUGAUGUGCCUUCGUACACCACUAACGCUAAGAGGGAUUAUCUCUCGAUAAAGUGUGGAGAGAGCUGGGGCAAGGCGUUCAUCGGGGACGGGAAGCUGGAUAACUAUAACCACGCCAGCCAGGCGCCGGCGGAAUGGUGGAAGGAUAUCAAGACCAAGUGCCUGUUGCUAUAUGUUGGAGAGCAUGAUGUGCUCCUUGAUUCGGUUGGUCAAUUCGCUGACAAGAUCAAGUCUGCCGUCCCAAAUCUCGAGUAUGUGGUUUGCAAGGAUGAGGCACAUGUUGGCCCUAUCAUCAGCCGUAUUCUAGGCUCCAAGAAGGAAACUGGAAUGGGCAGCAUGUUGCGGCUUUGGCUCAUGGAGAAGAUACAGUAG